AUGCGUUCUCAGGUCAUUUUAGAUGGGCUGGGAAAUAGUUCUGCUCUCACCUCGGCUACUCGCGUUGCUAAUGGCGAGACUCCCCCUAACUGGAUCCCCUGUGUCGAACAACCUGCAUAUACGCAACGCAAACUAAAGAUCAUCUGCAUCGGUGCCGGUUACUCGGGCUUGACACUUGCCCACAAGAUUGACCAUGAGUUGAAGCUCGGCGAUUUCGUGGAGUUAAAAAUCUAUGAGAAGAACCUCCAGGUCGGUGGAACGUGGGUAGAGAAUACCUAUCCUGGUGUUUCCUGUGACAUCCCCGCCCAUGCUUACACAUUUUUAUUCGAGCCGAAUCCAAGUUGGUCCCACUUUUAUGCACCCGGUCCUGAGAUCGAGGAGUACAUCCAACGAGCGACACGGAAGUGGAACCUGGACAAAGACGUUCAAUUUAAUACCCGUGUGACCGAGACUGUGUGGGACGAUGAGCUGGGAAAGUGGAAAGUGGAGGUAGACCAGGCUGGUACAAUCAGACACGAUGAGGCGGAUAUUCUGGUCAAUGCAGCUGGCUAUUUGAACAAAACCAGCUGGCCGGAAAUUGAGGGCCUAUCGAGUUUCAAGGGCAAGUUGCUUCACACUUCUACCUGGGAUAACACCUACGACUGGUCGAACAAACGUGUUGCAGUCAUUGGCAAUGGAUCUUCCGGGAUUCAAUGUGUGGCUGCAAUGCAGCCGAAGGUCGCCCAGCUUGUCAACUUUGUGCGCAAUCCGACCUGGGUUUCGGUCAACAUCUGUGCACAGAAGACACUUAAUGGGGGCAAUUUUACCUACACGGAAGAGGAAAAAGCACACUUUGCGGAAGAUCCCGAGGCUCAUUUCAAGUAUCGAAGGGAGCUAGAGGCCAGGCAAUCAAGUGUCAAUGCCUUCUUCUAUGGCAUGUAUAGAGAUCACCCGAUGCAGUUGGCGUUGACACAGGCUUCCCAGCAUCAAAUGGCGGAGCAAAUGAAAGGAAUCUCCGACCCCGAAAUUCUGUCAAAGAUGCUUUCUCACAAGUUCCGUCCUGGCUGCCGUCGCCUGACACCAGGAGAUGGGUAUCUGGAGGCUUUCUCCAAUGGCAAUGCAACUCUCACCUUCGAUCCGAUUGAGCGUAUCACCGAACAGGGUAUCAAGACAUCCACAGGCGAUGAGCAGCAAUUCGACAUGAUCGUCUGUGCUACAGGGUUCGAUACGACCUUUAUUCCAUCUUGGAGGUUGAUUGGUCGCCAUGGAGCGACGUUGGAAGAGCGAUGGAAAGAUAACCCCGAGGCUUUCUUUGGGGUUCAGGUGGACACGAUGCCAAACUAUUUUAUCUUUAACGGACCCAAUUCUCCUAUCUCUCAUGGCUCGCUUCUGACGCAGGUCUCUUGGACAUGCGAUUACAUUCUUCGCUGGGCCAAGAAGAUUUCUGCGGAGGAUAUCAAGUCAAUUGAUGUCAAAAAGGAAGCCAUGGAAGACUACAAUGUGUACUGUCAAGAGUUCCUCAAGCGUAUGGUGUGGUCGGAUGAAUGUCGAAGCUGGUAUAAAAAUGGAAAAAGUAAAGGUCAUGUCACCGGGGUAUAUCCAGGCUCGAUAUUGCACUUCAAAGACUGUCUUGAGAGCAUUGGUGGGGAGCACUUCCAUAUUGAGUACCGCUCUCAGAACCGGUUCCGAUGUCUGGGGAAUGGCGAAAGCGUGCAUGAUCAACAUGGAGCUGGUGAUUUGGCGUGGUACAUGGAUGAUUUGAAAGUGCCCCAGCCGCCACUCUAA